AUGGCGAAUAAUAAUACAAGCAAAAUAAAGGAUGGUAUGAUAAAAAUUGUACAGAUAAACGUUCAACGAUCCAUCAGCGGAACCUCGGCAUUAGUCAAGACAUUAGAAAAAGUGGACUUAGCGUUGAUCCAGGAACCCUAUUGUUGUAAAGGGAUACCGGCGUGUCUGCGGACAGCUUACAGGGUAAUAUACAAUAAGGACUUUUGUCCGUCCACGGUUGCUGUGAUAAGUAAUCCAAAUAUACCAGUGGUUUUUCAUCAUGAACUUAGUAACAAAUUUAUAACAUGUUUCGAGGUGGGUAAUGGUCCAAGGAACUUCCUGAUGUUGAGUGUUUAUUGCCCGAUUACAAUGGAUUUAACUCCAAUUAUCCAAGAAAUGGAAACAAUUACUAAUCACUUUAGAGACAAGAACAUUAUUAUAAGUGGCGAUCUGAACGCUCACUCUGAGCUCUGGGGAGACCCGGAUAACGAUGAACGGGCCGACCAGAUUCUUGAAUUUACAAAUGCAAACAAUUUACAUAUUCUUAACCAGCCUGACUCCCUGCCGACGUUCGAUGCGCCCAUCGGCAAAAGCUGGAUCGAUCUCACGAUCUGUAGCAGUAACACAUUNAGUCGUUGA